AUGAAACUCAUCUUAUUAUUUGUACUAACUAUUUUGUUACUGUUCAAUGUAACUGAAUCCAAAUCUAGUCAACAGGAACUAAUUAUUGAAAGUGUCAAAUUAUGGAAUUCAAUUAAAGAACUUUGGAAGAAGUUUGAACAUAAGUGUCAAGAGAAAAUUCGAAAAUAUCUUGAGGAAGAUGAUUUAGGUGAAAAAAUAGCCGCUGUUUUAAAAAUUUAUGUCAAGCGUUUCAACAGGCGUUUAGAUAUGCGUUUAUCAGCAGACACAAGAAUAAACAUUUAUCAUAGCUAA